AUGGAAAGGAUGGAUUCUAGAGAUGAGAAUGUAAAGGCUGAAGGAAGAGAGGAUUCAGUGACUUCUAGUGAAGAAGAAAUAGAUACCUCUAAGGUCCUCCUAGGAAGACUUGAUCCAAUGGCUACAGAGAAUUGGGUACAGGAAAUAGAAGAGAUUAUGGUCGUACUCGACUGCACGGAUGAACAGAAGGUUUGUUAUGCUGCAUUCAAAAUGACUGGAGAGGCGAAGCGUUGGUGGCUUUCUGUAAAGCUGCUAGAGGAUCAGAGGGUGAUAAAGAUAGCUUUUACUUGGGAGAGAUUCAAAGAGCUGUUUUUUGACAGGUAUUUUCCUUCAUCUGUCAGAGAGGAAAAGAUUAAGGAAUUUACUAAUCUGACCCAGGGAGAUAUGACGGUUGUGGAAUAUGAGGCUAAAUUUGUGGAAUUGUCAUGUUUCGCUCCAUUUCUAAUCCCAAAUGAGAUAAGGAAAGCCAGGAAAUUUGAGAAAGGUCUAAGGCGCAGAAUCUACAAGCUGGUGGUCGGCUUUCAGGUCCAGAGUUUUUCAAAAGUAGUUUAUAAGGCCUCAGUGUUGGAGAAGAGUAUCCAGAGCAGCACUGAGUCUUUAGAGUGUGGUAAGCCAGGGCAUGUCGGGAAAGAUUGUCAGGAGUCGUUGUCUAUGGUAUCUGUGCAGAAUGAGGAUCGGGGAAAACAGCAGGUACUAUUAGGAAGGUGUGCUCCACCCCAAUUGUACACACUUCAAGUUGAGGAGGAUGCCAUCAGAGAAGCAG